CAGGUUGCUUUUAGACGCAUGAGAAUCCCGUGAAGUGUGUGAAUCAGUCCAUCCAUCUAACUCGCCAUCUAAGUGCGCACGAGAUCCUGCUUCCUAGCACGAGUUUGCAGUAAAGUUUCUGACCCACUGCAGAGUUGCGUUCAUGUGCGAACCGUGCAGCCUGGAGUCUGAGUGCGUUUCUCCACCAUGCUACAUGAGCUGGGCGAUGGAGCCUACGAACUUCUACGACAGUAAACUGACAGGGGAUGGAAAAUGUCCCGAGGACAACAUCAGCAUGAUCACUACCACCACUAACAACAAUAACAACAGCAGCAGCAGCAGCAGCGUGGUGGAGCUGAGCAACGCGCCAGCCAUGUACGACGACGAAAGCGCGAUCGACUUCAGCGCGUACGUCGACUCCAUGACGUCUGCGCCCAACUUUGAACUGUGCAACGACGAGCUCUUUGCCGACCUCUUUAACAGCGCCGUGAAGCAUGAGAAGUCCGAGUUCUACCACCAGCUGUCUGCGUUCAGCGCCUCCAAGGACUCGAGCUACUCGAUCAAGCAGGAAACCGACUGGAGCGACAGCGACGCGCCGUCGUCCCUCCCGUCGCAGAUCGAGACGUGCGCACAGACGUCGGUGAGCAUCCACACGGGACAGCCGACUCCCCCGAGCACGCCCGAGCACUCGUCUUCGUCUUCAUCCGCCAGCACUCCACGCAGGACACUCAAGGAUAAGAGCAAGAAAUCUGUGGACAGGUUGAGUCCGGAGUACCGGCAGCGCCGAGAGCGGAAUAACAUCGCCGUUCGGAAAAGCAGAGACAAGGCGAAAAGACGCAAUAUGGAAAUGCAACAGAAGCUGUUGGAACUGAACACAGAGAACGAGCGGCUGCACAAAACCAUAGAGCAGCUCACCCGCGAGCUCUCCAGCCUCAGAAACGUCUUCAAACACCGCGGUGCCACCAACAACCGGUGAUCCAUCACCACCACCACCACCAACACCAUCAAGCCAAUGUCUUUUUUUUUUUUACUUAUUAUUUUUAUUUUUUUUGGAAAACAUACCUCACCUGAACUCAAUAUUGUCGAUAAUAUUAUGUGAAUGUUGUACCUUUUUGUUUUUUUUUUUGUAUUCUAAAUUAUUACAGAAAAAAAGUCAUAUAUAUGGUACAUGUUUCAUAAUUCCAUACUUUGUAUUCAAAAGUGAAAAUUUUAUAUAAAGUCUGUAAAAAAAAUACAAAAACUGGAAUUUUGAUAGAAAUAAAAUGAAAUGAGCUUAAA